UUGUCUAGUUUCUUUUGUUCCUCUUCGUUGUUUGGGACGAACGUGUCGCAAGUUCGGUGCUGGGUCGAGGUAGCCGCAUUUGAGAACAACUAGACUUCCGAGCUUGUUAUUCACGAAAGUCCCAAGAUGGCCCGCCGGGAUAACGAGGAGCAAGGGAAAAUAUUUGUUGGAGGCCUCAGUUGGGAAACCACACAAGAGAGCCUGCUCAACUACUUUAGCCGUUUCGGUGAAGUAGUGGACAGUGUAGUGAUGUGCAAUGAGACCGGCCGGUCUCGUGGCUUUGGCUUCGUCACUUUCCGAGACCCCAGUUGUGUGGCUACUGUGCUCGCGGGAGGACCGCACCAGCUGGAUGGACGAACGGUGGAUCCCAAAUCAUGUAAUCCUCGUAGUGCCAGUCGACCUGGUGGAGGAGGCGGCCCUGGGGCCAGGGGUGGUCCCCGUGGUGGUGGUAAAGGCAGCACAACUAAGAUAUUUGUUGGCGGCCUACCUGCCACUGUGACAGAGACAGACUUGCAUGCCUUCUUCUCCGAAUAUGGGAAAGUGACAGAAGUUCUUAUCAUGUAUGACCAAGAGCAGCGCCGUUCUCGAGGCUUUGGCUUCGUGUCCUUUGAGACCGAAGAUGCAGUCAAUCAGUUGACUGGCCGGCGCUACGUUGAGAUCAGUGGAAAGCAGGUUGAGUGCAAGCGGGCGGAGCCCAAGGAAAGCAGGAUGGCCAACAAGGGUGGCCGCCCUGGCGGAGGUGGUGGCUGGGGAGGACAGCAGCAGCAACAGUGGGGUUGGGGAUCAUCCAACGGGGCAGGCAGCAACAUGAACUCUGGCUACCAGGGCUACGGUGGCUACAACAACAGCUGGGGAAACAACCAGAGCAGUUACGGCUAUGGAGGAGCAGGUGACCAGUCCUACAGUGGUUAUGGAUCGUAUGGACAGCAGCAGCCCUCCAGCUAUGGACCCAUGCGUACCAGCUACUCCGAGGGAUACACUGCAACCCCAGCAGCAACUGGUGGCUACAAUGCCCCCAGCACCAAUGGCAUGGCAGCAGCUGCUCCUGUUGGCCAAACUGAUGGCUCUUACCACCCGUACCGGAGGUGAAUCUGAAGGCACCAGCGAGUGUACAUUCCUCACGCCUCCCCCUGCCUUUUUUUUUUCGUCCUUUCAAUAAGAUCCACCUCAUCACCCUGGAUUUUUUUAUACACUCAUUUGCCUACAGA